AUUCAAUUCAAAUGUUCUCCCUUCGCCAAUCUGUCAGACUUGUGGCACCAGCCACCCGUGCUUUCUCCACUUCCAGAGCCAUCUUCCAGAAGCAGCUUAAGACCGCGAGCAACUUGGCUGAAGUUGAGGGCCCGGAAUCGUUGAUCGGUAAGGGUGCCGCCGAAGGCCAAAUUCCUACCGAGUUGGAGCAGGCCACCGGUCUAGCGCGUUUGGAGUUCUUGGGUAAGUUGGAGGGUGUUGAGAUUUUCGACACUCAGCCCCUUGACUCCUCCCGCCGCGGUACCAUGAAGGACCCAAUCCUAGUGGACUCCUACGAUGAUUACCGUUACGUCGGCUGCACCGGCUCUCCUGCUGGCUCCCACUCCACCAUGUGGCUAAAGCCUUCCGUAGAAAAGGUCGCCAGAUGCUGGGAGUGCGGUUCUGUCUACAAGCUUAACCCUGUGGGCGUCCCAACCGAGGACCACCACCACUGA